AUGCGUCUCUAUAUUGCAGAUGUGGCGGAUCAAGCAGCCAAGAUAUCAGUUGAAGAACAUAUGCAAUGCACCACUAUUCAGACUCUCCAAAAGGAUCUCGAUUCAGUGAAGAAUGAAACUAAGAAAGUUAUGGAGGAAAAUGAUCAGAUAAACAAAGCAAAAGCACAGAUUUGUUUGCAGAUUUUGGACAAACAGAAGAAAACUGUUUCGUUGGAAUCUGAUUCUUCCACCCUCAGUCAGACAAUGGAGCUUAUGAGACAAGAAGUGUUGAGCCUUUCAGGAAAACUUGUGGAUCAAAGGACACAUUAUAAGAAGGUUAAUGAGGAUAUCAGUGAACAACUAAAACAACAACAGGAGUGGGUCAACGCUCAGAAUUUUGGCUUGGAAACCAGAGAGGGCUCGUGUGAGAUAACGACCUUUGAAGCUGCUCAAGUGAAGUUUGAUAAGAUAGAACAACUGAGAUCAAAUCUUGUUUCGGAGAAUGACAAGCUGAGGCAGUCUCUCGAGGCAGUGAAGAAUAAAAUGGCUGAAUUCAAGCCAGAACUGAGGGGUAUGGGUGAGAAGAGCUUGGAAGAGGAACUUCAUGCACUACUAUCUGACAAAGCUGGAGAAGCUGAGUAUCUGCAAACUCUGCAACACCAGAUUAUGAGACUGAAAGAAAUUUCUCACACAGUUAGGUGCUCUUGUGGUUGGGAGUACAUUGUUAAACUGGAUGUAUGA